CCCUCUCUCCCGGCUCAACACUUCCAACGCCCGUAUUACUACCAACGAAACGAGAAGGGACAUAAACUGACCACAAAGAGAAUGCCGCUUGGCGCCGGCGCCGGUCGUGAAGGAGACGGGGAAGCGCUGGAGGAAGCACAUGCUGGGGGUUGGGGGAAUAUCGCAAACGUAGGGAAUGCCGAGGGCACUGGCAGCGAUAAUGGCAAGGACUGGAGACCGCUUGCAGAUACCGCAACGACCGAGGAGGACUCGGCAACGACGCGGAUAGAGUCCUUUCGCGGUGGUGGGAGUAGAAGUGGAAUCGGGAGUGGCGUUCAAAUCGCCGCAGACGAUACUCACCACUCUCGGAACGUCGAGGACAUAGAGCGGGAGGACGGUAUAACAGGCAGCAUCGCAAGAGUACGGCACCCCAAAUCCCGAACUGGCCGAAUCACACCCUCCUCUCACUCCGACACCGACCAAGCCAUCGUCCCCAUCCCCUCCUCCCCCUCCCACACCCCCGUCACACCACUGGCCCCACCAUCCGUGCUCCUCCCCGCCACCCACAAAUCCUCGCUCUUCCAUCUCCUCCGCCGCCUCGAGCUCUUCCUCCGCAUCCGCCCACCAACCCUGCACCCCUACCCGCGCCUCACACAUCCCUGGCUCCCCCGCAUCUCCAAACCCCUCUCAACCCUUCUCGACCGCCUCCCAUCCACCGUGCGCUUCAUCCCGCGAUUCCUCUACCCCUUCCUCUGGCUCCUCACCUUCGCCCUCCUCGUGUCCGACAACAACUACAAAGCGACGACAUCAGAGGGCGCGCCGCAGUACGUCUCGUGCACGGACCAGCUAUGGGCAUGGGCGAGCCAGCAGUGUGGAUUGGACGGGAUGUAUUGCUCGCCGUUUGCCAACGCGAGUUUCGUUAUCCGAUGCCCCGCUGAAUGCGCCUCCACGCGAAAUCAGAAUAGAAGGUGGUUGGGCGGGACCAUGCAGGGGUGGUUGGUCCCCUGGGUCGUCGGCGGCGGCCCCCCACCAUCAUCAGGGACAGCAUCAGCACCCUACCGCGCCGAAUCUUGGCUCUGCCCCUCCGCCAUCCACGCCGGCCUCAUCUCUAACCACUGGGGCGGCUGCGCGGCUAUUGACCUCAUAGGCGCCACCACAGCUUUCCCGUCAACAACGAGCAAUGGAAUCACCUCCCUGGGCUUCGACUCCUGGUUCCCCAAAUCAUACACCGUCCGCGCCCUCGCGCACACGGCCCAUUGCACGGACAGAUCGUGGGCCUACCUCCCGAUCCUGCUCGUGUUUGCACUACUCUUCACCACAUUCACACGACCCUCGCGCGCCCUGUUCACGUUCACAUUUGUCUCCUUCGGAUUCUGGUACACCAUCUUCCUCGGCGCCGUCCCCAUCCACGGCGACGGCUGGACGUCCGCGGCCUUCGGGACCUACCUCGUCCUCCUCGCCUUCACCCACGUGUUGCACACCCACGUCAUCCGGCACACCCUCCCCACCCCUCUCCACAGCUUCCCCCUCGAAACGGCCAUCCUGGUCAUCGCCCCCUUCACAUUCAUCCUCCACCUCGAACUCAUCACAGCCCCCCUGACAAAUUUCGGGCUCACCUCCCGCGCCUUUGCCGACCCCCAGACCCUGAUCAUCUUUAUCAUCGCCCUCCCCCUCGUCCUCGCCAUCUGCGCCAUCCAACUGUUCCAUCUCCGCAAACACGGCCUGCUGGGCUCCUACCUCCUCGCCUACGCCGCAGCCGUCGCGGUGUACCUCCUCCUCCCCAAGCUGCUCGGCCUGUACAUCCACCUGCACCACUACAUCCUCGGCCUGUUGCUCGCCCCGCUCACGCGCAUCCAGACCCGCGCAAGCAUGAUCCUGCAGUGGGCGUGCGUGGGCCUCCUCGUGCAGGGCGUCGCGCGCUGGGGCCCGGCGUCCCCGCUCGCCACCGCGUUCGAGAACACGGGCGGCGAUGAGGUCGUCAGCGUGCCCCGCCCCGAGCUGGUCAUCGAUCAAGCCCGCUUGGCUAACAACGCGACCAUUGCGUGGCGGUAUGCGGAUGACGGGGGGACGGCGACCACGGCGUAUGACCCGGGGAAUUAUACGAUCCCUGCGGGCCUCCCCUACGACGCCUUCUCGCUGCUGCUAAACGAUGUUGAGGUGUAUAGGGGUCCGAGGGCGACGUACCGGGUGGAGAUGAUGGGCGCCGUGGGCGGGAGGAGGAUGCCGUGGUAUGUGAGGGUGGCGCUUGUGAGUGGGGGGAGUCCGAUGGAGUAUAGUUGGCCGGUGUGGGUGAGUGCGGAUGGGGCCGUGGGGUGGCCUAAUGGGACGGUUUUGCCGCCUUUGGGGACGUAGUGCAUGAUAUCAGAUACUUGACAUUUUUGGCUGCUUCUGUGCAUAUGGAUUGAACACGUGAA